GCGUCAGUGCGGGUCGCGCCGCGGCGCGGUGGGCCGGUCAGUGCGGGGCCGCGCUGGUGUCGGUCCGGUAUUGAUCCCGCCCUGUCUGCGGCCGGCCGGCUCUCUCCAGUCUCCGCCCCGCGCCGGAGGAGGUGCGGCCACCCGGACACACCGAGAUGGACGGCCCCGCCCCGCCGCCGGCCGCCGGUACUGCAGACGGCUCGGAGCGGCGCCGGCGGCGGGCGGACCGCGCCUCUCGCCGAGCCGCCGUCCUCCGCCGGAUCGCGGAGCUGGAGCGCACCCAGCAGACCCAGGCGCAGCCCGCAGUGACGGAGGACGAGGAGAAGCGCUGGCUCUACAGUCAGAUAGAGGCGCUGCAGAGGCGACUGCAGCACCUGGAACACGGACCGUCACCGGCUGACGCUGCCUCCGCCUGCGCUGCUCCGCCGACCGCCGGUACAGACUCCUGUCCUGGUCCCGGCACCGCCCCAGCCGCCGGCAGCGACCCGCUAUGUACCGCGGCGGCGCCGCAGGAGACGACGGCUGACAUCGGCCCCGAGCUGAGCCGACUGAGACGCGAAAUGGACGACAUGUCCUCCUCCUCUUCCUCCGACUCGGAGGAGGAGGGCGCUGCGCCGCGCGGCGCGCCGGCCGGCCGCAGUCUGCAGGAGGCGGCGCCCCGGCGAGGUCGGCGCCGCGGACCGCUGCGGGGCGUCGACGAGCUCGACUGGGCAGACAGUCCGCUGUGGCACAGCGGGCCGCCGUCCAUCGGCGCCAGAGACCUCGGGCCACUCAGCGGCAGGAUGGAGCAUCGGUCGUCUGUGGGCCCGCUGCCGCCGUCUCCGCUGCGUCUGUCGGCCGGCGGCGGCGAGGUCUCGGAGCCGGUCUCGCUGUCGCUGCUGCACCUGCUCCACUCGGCUGACGGCCAGACCAUGACCAGCGCGCUGCUCACCAUGUCGUCGAGCGCCGAGAGCUGCGCGGCGCUGCGCCAGUCGGGUGGCCUGCCGCUGGUCGUGCGGCUCAUACACGCCACAGAGACCAGCCCGCCGGCGGGCACACGACCCCGGCCCGACCGACAGGUGCGCUCGUCGGCGUCGCACGCGCUGCACAACCUGGUGCACUCGCAGUGUGACGACAAGCGGACGCGCCGGGAGGCGCGCGUGCUCCGCCUGCUCGAGCAGCUGCGCGAGUUUACGGAGAGCCUGUGGCAGCGGAUGGACGAACAGGGCGGCACCGGCAUGAUCAUGGAAGACUCUCUGGACCACCACCCGGUGCCGACGGUGGUGGCCCUGAUGAAGCUCUCGUUUGACGAGGAGCACCGCACCGUUAUGUGUCAGCUGGGCGGGCUGUACACGGUGGCAGAGCUGGUACAGGCCGACCACGAGGCGCACGGCUCGGCUACCGCUCACCUCACCUGUAACAGCACCAGGAGGUUCGCCGGGAUGACGCUGACCAACCUGACGUUCGGGGACGGCACCAACAAGGCGCUGCUCUGCGGCCUCCGCGGCUUCAUGAGGGCGCUGGUGGCUCAGCUGCACUCGCCCAACGAGGACCUCACGCAGGUGACUGCCAGCGUGCUGCGUAACCUGUCGUGGCGCGCGGACGCCGCCAGCAAGCAGACGCUGCGGGAGGUGGGGGCGGUGACGGCACUCACGCAGGCCGCCAUGGCCGCCCAGCGCGAGUCCACGCUCAAAUCGGUGCUCUCGGCGCUCUGGAACCUGUCGGCCCACUGCGGCAUGAACAAGGCCGACAUCUGCGCGGUGGACGGCGCGCUGGCCUUCCUGGUGAAGACGCUGACGUACCAGUCGCCGUCCAAGACGACGGCCAUCGUGGAGAACGGCGGCGGCAUCCUGCGCAACAUGUCCAGCCACAUCGCCGGCAGGGAGGACUACAGGGCUAUCCUGCGGGAGCACAACUGUCUGGAGACGCUGCUGCAGCAGCUCAAGUCCUCCAGUCUGACCAUAGUCAGUAACGCGUGCGGCACGCUGUGGAACCUGUCGGCGCGCUGCGCCCAGGACCAGCGCACCCUCUGGGAGCUGGGCGCCGUGUCGAUGCUGCGCUCGCUGAUCCACAGCCGCCACCAGAUGAUCGCCAUGGGCAGCAGCGCGGCGCUCAAGAACCUGCUGGCCGCCCGGCCGGAGGGCGUGCCGCCGCCGGAGCCGGGCGCCGCCGCCGGUACGCCCGGACUGCCGGCGCGCCGGCUGCGUGCCCUCCAGCAGGAGCUGCACGCCGGCGGCCUGGCCGAGACCUGCGACAACCUGGACUCGGCCAGCGCCGGCCGGCCCGAGGCGCGCUUCCUGGCCACGGCCGGGCCGCCGGCGCGGCGCGUGCCCCGCUCGGACAGCGGCGACUCUGUGCUCAGCUCGCUCUCCGACCCGGGCCUGGAGCGGCGCGGCGAGGCGCGCCUGGCGGCCGCCGUCCGCCAGGCGGCCCGCCAGGCCGGGGUCUCCGAGGCCGAGCUGCGCCGCCGGCUGCUGCGGCCGGCGGCCGGCUGGGCCGGCUCCCUGCCCCGUGUCCGCUCCCUGGUCGGCCUGGAGCGGCCGCCGGGCCCGGCCGACAGGGACCUGCCCGCCGAGCAGGAGCCCCCGCCGCCGGGGGAGGAGGAUCAGGAGGAGGACGAGGAGGCGACUGAGGAGGACGCCGAGGAUAUACCCACGGAGGACCUGCCCGCCGAGGACAUCCCCGCCGAGGACCCCACCGAGGACAGCCCUGCCGUGGGUCUGCUCUCCGCAGAGGACCGCUCGGCUCCCUCCGCGCCGGACGAGUCAGAGGAGCCGGACGGCGACCCAGCCUCGGACGGCGACACGGUGCGUGGCUGCACGGACAGCACGCUGAGCGCGCUCAGCGGACUCUCCUCGGACGUCACCGAGCCGACGCUGACGCCGGAGCGGCGGCGCAGGGCCCCGCCGGCCGCCCGACUGGCGCGCGCCGGGUCGGCCGGCAGCAGCAGUGGCGCCACCACUGAGCCCAGCUCCGGGUACGCCGAGUUCAGCUCCCAGCUGAGUGACGCCACGUCGUCUAGUAACCAGCCGGACUCGGACGACCCCACUCUGAGCUCCCCGUUCCCGGCGCGGCGGCCCGCGGCCCGCGCCGGGCCCUCCUCACCGGGCCCUGCGCGGCCGCCGGGCCGCCUGCCGCGCCGCGCCACCGCCGGGGACUCGCCGCUCCAGAGGGCGGCGGGAGGCUCCCCGCGGCCGCAGCGGAGGCCCGGCGACGGGCCGCGGUCACCCAGCCUGCCGCGCGCCGGCACACCGCCCGGACGGCUGCGGACUCAGGCGCCCGCGCCGAGCCGGACGUCAGACGCCAACGGUGGCGACGUCAGCGGUCGGGUGCCGUCGGCCGCAGCUGUGGACCGGGCGGCGGGCGAUACCAGGGGCUUCCAGGACUCCGCAGAGACGACUGACAACGACAGGCUGGCCGAUAGUGCGCCGACCGGCCGCAGCGCGGCGCCACCGUCGGACCGACCUGCCGCCGCCGGCGGGACGAGGUCAGCGCAGCCCAGCCGCUUGAUGGCGCCCGGAUCGAUGGUCAAGGGCGCUGCGGUCCGGUCAGUGACGGGACGACCGGGAGGUCCUCUCGGAGACAGUGCGGUGUCAGCGCCGCCAGCCGUCAGUCCGGUGCCGGCGGCCGUCAGUCCGGUGCCGACAGCGGUGGGCGACGGCAGAGCGGCGGCGCCGGCGGCCGGAGGACAGAAGUCGGGGGCCAUGUUCCAGCGCGACCAAACCAAGGAUGGUCGCGCGGCGGGCCGGCCCAUCGGCUCGCGGCUACCUCAGAGGGUGGCCUCUGGUUCGUCCCUGCCCCGCCGGCUGCCGCAGACCUGGAGCGUCAAACAGUACCACAGGCGCUCGGAGCGGCAGCCGGGCGCGGACGGCGACCUCACUGUGGAGGACCUGGAGGGCUCCGGUCUGACGCCCCGCCGCGCCGACCGGCCCGUCCGCACCACAGCCCUGCCGCCCGAGUGGACGGCGGCGUCCGCGCAGGAGGCGCUGGCUAACGCCGGCACCGGCCGAGGCGCGGCGGAGACCGGUCGCGGCGGCGGCGGCAGCGGCUGGGGCACCCGUCUAAUGUCUGCCGACGGCACGCCGCUCUCCCGCAGCAGUUCAGUCGGCUCCCUGGAGACGCGCUCCGACGGCGAGGCCUCCAGCAGCGGCGACGAGCCCGACGCCCGCCUGCUGGAGCGCUGCCUACGCGCCGCGCUGCCCAAGAGCCGCUCCGAGGGCAGCUGCCUGCGGCGCCCGCGGCGCGGCCGGCGCCGCCGCUCGCCCGUGCCGCUCGGCGUCACCCGGACCCCCUCCGAGGAGAGUGAGGGAGAGGAGGAGGAGGAGCCGGCGCGGAGCUCGCCCUCGCCGCCGCCGCCCGUCGAGGUGCAGGUGACGGCCGCCUCCUCGCUCUCCCUGACCGUCUCGGAGCGGAGCGUCUCCCUGGUGGGCGCGGCGCCGCGGUCGGCCGGCGCGCCGCCGGUGCCGGUACCGACGCUGGCCGCCGAGCCCGACUGUAUGACCACCUCUCAGCGGGUGGCGCGCGACGCGUCGGCGGUGGCCGCCGCGCUGGAGAUGUCCCACGCGGUGAUGGCGCAGAGCUCCGACCUGACCAGCAGUCUGGAGCUGCUGGAGGGCGUCGGGCCGCCGUCCAUGAUGGACAGCGGCGCCUCGUUCAACGGCUUCCCGUCGAGCGGCUCGCUGAGUAACGGCCGCUCGCCGCUGCUGCCGCGCCGGCCGUCCGCCGCCAGCCGCUUCGUCCCGGAGAUGAUGCGCCGGGCGCUGGGUGGCGGAGGCGGCGGCGCCACCACACAGGGAGGCAUGCAGGAGUCGGCCGAGGGCCUGAGCAGCCUCAGCAGCUGCCAGUCCAACCUGGAGCUGGUCAAGCCGCCCUCCUUCAUGGAGGAGCUGGACAUGGAGAACAGCAUGCUGAGCCUGGAGAGCCUGCGCUCGGAGGUGGCCGAGCCGCGCGCCGCGCCGGCCGACAGUCUGGCCGCCCUGGAGCCGCCGUCGCUGUUCCACGAGCUGGGCGAGCCCACCGAGCGCUGCGACUCGACGCUGGGCGGCGCCGGGCCCGGCUCCGAGACGCUGGGCAGCGACACGGAGAUGUGCGCGCAGGAGGACCUGCCGCUGGACCCGCCCGAGCUGCCGCGCGACUCCACCCCCGAGAGCUCGCCGCUGGUGCGCCGACGCACGCCGCACCCGCGCCGGCGCCGCUCCGACGAGCGCUACCGCACGUUCACGCGCGGCGCCGGCUCCGAGGACCUGAGCAGCGCCGACCUGACUCUGACGCUCACCCCCGGCGCCGAGUCCGCCGCCACCGAGACGGACGAGACGCUGCGCGCGUCGGCGUCGGCGCCCGGGGUCAGCUCAGCGGCGGCGUCCGGCUCGUCGCGGGCGCGGCGCACGUGUCGGCAGCGGCGCCAGGAGGACCGCGACCGGUACCGGACCCAGACGGUGGAGAGCGGCUCGGACGACCUGCAGCGGCCGUCGGCCGACGACACGCCCUCGCCGCCGUCCCCGGCGCCGCGGCUGGACAUCCGCCAGCUGGCGCAGGAGGCGCUGCAGCGUCCGGCGCCACCGUCCGGCCGGCGCGACCUGCGGCAGCUGGCGGCCGAGGCGCAGCGCGCCAUCGCCUGCCUGCAGUCGGCCGGCCGCGGCAGCGGGCUGCACGGCGACCCGGCCAGCGCGCCGCUGCCCCACUUUCCGCCGGUGCCGCCGCCGCUGGUCCGCCGGAUCCCGGUGCCGGUCUCGGCGUCCGCCCCGGCUCCGGCUGCGGCUCCGACUCCCGUGCUGGCGCCGCCGGCAGAGGCCGAGGAGCCGGAGCUGAGCUCGGAGCCGACCGACAGCUCGCCCGUCAAACUGCGGCCGCGGAUCGUCAAACCGGGGGAGGAGACACGCAAGGAGCCGCCGGAGGAUGAAUCGGAGCAGCCCAAGGGCAUCCGCGGCAAGAGGAAGCCGCUCUACUCGGCGCCGCGGCGGGCCGACCCGUCCAAGCGGGACGCUCCCGCCACGCCGGCCAAGGCGGCGGUGAAGCCGAAGGUGUCGGCUGUUCGGCCGAGCUCCGCCAGCUCCCCGGCCGUGUGCCCGGUGAGAGGCACCAAGACCACCCAGCUCCGUAAGGUGAUCAGCGGCUCGGCGGUGGCCGGUGCCGGCAGUCCGCUGGCCAGGGUCUCCCGCUCGGCCACCCCGAGUCCGGCCAACAGCGCCACCUCGAGCCCGCAGCUGGGCCUGCGCCGGUUCGGCUCGGCCGGCAAGGCGGGCGUGGUGAGCCGCGAGCUGCCGCGGCCGGCGUCCACGCCCUCCGCGGCUCCGGCCGCCGGGCGGACGGCCGCCAAGCGGCCCGUGUCGGUACCGGUGGCCAGCGCCACCUCGCGCAUCCAGCGGCCGGCCUGGGUGGGCGCCGUCCGGCCCGCCAGGUCCGUCACGUCCACUCCGGUGAAGAGGCCGCCGCCGGCAGCGACCACCCCGGUGGGCGCGGCGCCGCCGGCCGCGGCCGAGCCGGCCCCGCCCCAGCCGCCGGCGCAGCUGAAGAAGCAGGGCACCUUCACGCUGGACGAACCCACUCAGGAGCAGACGGUGGCCGAGGCAGAGGCGGAGGCAGAGGCGGAGGCGGAGGGAGGCACCGCCAAACCCAGAGUCCCCCCGCCGGCGCCCACGCGCGGCGGUAAGAUCGCGCGCGCGCUGUCUGCGCAGCUGAGCCGGCCGCCGUCGGGCGCCCGGCCGCCGCCCAAGUCACACAGCGGACAGGCGCUGUCGGCGGCCCGCUCGCGCAUCCCGAAGUCGCCCAGCUACGAGAGCACGCUGUCUCUGAAGGUGCGCUGCGCCAGUCAGAGCCCGGGCGCGCGCCGCCAGCGGCCGACCUCCCCGCGGCGCGGCCGGGCGCUGCGCCAGAGCGCCAGCAACUCCAGUCUGGGCGGCGGGCGGACUCCGACCCGGGGUGAGCGGAGCGCGAGUAACUCGAGCGUCAGCUCCACCACCUCUGCCGGCGGCGGCGGCGGCGGCGGCCCGCUGGCGGCCGAGUCCUCCGGGAAGAUCGCCGCGCUGUGGCGCCGGAUCGAGGCGAGCCGGGCGCGCCAGGAGCAGCAGCAGCAGCUGCACUCGCCCGGCGCCGGACACGACGGCCGCGUCUGGAUUAAACCCGUGUCCGGCGACGCCAACGCCAACCGGCCGCUGGAGCCGUCGCGCACCGGCUCGGCACUGACCGAGGGCGCCGCGCCGCGCUCCCGGAUGGUGUUCACGCCGCAGGGCUGGCGGCGGGUCGGCUCCCCCGCCCAGUCGCCCACCGAGGCGCGACCCAACGCCACCGCCGUCAUCCCGCCGUUCAACUACAGCCCGCCGGGCGGCGCGGCGCGUGCCAUCCCCAGCGCCCCUGGCGACAACACCGAGAAACGCAAACGCAAGUCGGCAGCGCUCGGAACGUGAAUAUCAGGCGCCACCGGCGGCUAGUCUGUGUGUGAUAUUAUACCUACAGCUUUUGGUACAUGAGAACUUUUGUGGCAGCGUGAAUCCAGCUGUGCGUCAUUGUGUACUGUGCAGUGUGUCUAUUGCGAUGAUUGUGAUCAUUUGAUUUUCUCUGGUCGUGUCUGGUUCCUAUUGGACGCCCAAUCUGUGUACCCGGACAGUGGCAGCCUCCUCCAGCGAGGCCCAAUCAGUUUCGCUGUCGGACGUUCUCCGAAUCCAUAGGGUAGGGAUUGAUUCAUAUACCAUGCAGUAUAUGUGCCUGAUGAAAGACGCGACUCGAGCAUGAGAAGUGUAUUUUUUCCAAUAGAUGCUCAUGUAGCUUCUCAAAUCGAUGGCAUAGUUAUGGAUUUUUCUCUCGGCGCAUCCGUCGCCUGCAGCCAAAUAUGAUACGUCGGCUGGCGGCUCUCCUGCUUCUGAACGACAGUCUGUUGCAUAAUAAACGAGAAACCUUUGUA